AUGAGCAGGCUUUCUCUCGAGUGCGCCGCCUCCACCACUGGGUCCCAGACCCGAAUGCAGUCGGUCCGCGCAAAUACCCCGAUGCCGUACUCGGAGCAUCCCUCCGACACGAGCGACUGGGAGAUGGAAGGGGACGAUGAUGAAGAAGAAGAAGAAGAAGAGACAGACAUUGUGCCGUCGCCGACGGGGUUCAGGUACAACAUCUCCCGCCUUUCGCCGAGAGCCCGGCAGAUGGUUAAGGGGCUGUUCAACCAGGCACGGGUCAAGGAGCCACCUCAGAUCUCGCUGGAACUCUGCGGCAUCAGGGAAGAGGAUCCUGAAGGCAACGGCUUCUUCUAUGCCUUCCAGAUGCACGAGGUGGUGCCUUGCUCCGUCCGGAUCGGCUCCCGGAGGAGCGGGGAGUUCUCGACCCCGCGGUGCGAAUGCCCCGAUGCUCGGUAUCAAGGAGCGCGGCCCUGCAAGCAUCUCGUCUGGCUCUUUGACAGGAUCUCGAAGCAAGCGCUUUUCGACCACGAUCCUGACUCGGAGCUGAUGCUGACCGAGUUCGGCUACCCCGAGGAACUGGGAGACCCCUUCGACCAGAUAUCACAGAUCGGACUCGACAUCCUUGCCGACGAUCUCCGCUGCGACGCGUCCGAGCCCGACAGCGACGUGAUCGCUCCAAAUCCCGCUCGCGUGCGGGAGGCUAGGGAAAUGGUCGCGGCCGUGGCGGGCAUCCAACCCGGCGAGCUCGACGAGUACAGGCCGGACCUAGAAGAUUCGUACAGCCGGGACGCUCUGAUACGCCGUGGCGAUCUGGGCGCGACCCUGUUUUCCCUAAUCCUCGCCUCCCACUCCCUCGCCGAGUGGGUGCGCUCCGAGCUCAACCCAUCCGACCCUGCUGUCGACCCAUUCCGAAGUAUUCAACACCGAGUGAUGCACAUCAUCCGGCAGCUGGACGCAUGCUCGAGCACCGGGGGAGCCCCAGAAGAAGUUGCCGAGAAGGGGUGGUGGAGACGCGCAGAUGGACCCCGAAACGCAGACUGGGCAUGUGUUCAGAUCCAGCGCAGCGUCAAGAAGAUCGAGAAGCUCGUCUCCCGAGGCCCCAGUCCACUAACCGAGUCGGCACGGUCGUCCGCGGCACGGUCUCUCGUCGUCAUCCUGAAGGCGGUGGUCAGCCACCGCGACCUGUACGCACCCCUCAUCGGGGACCGCGACACGGGCUUCGUCCACUCGGCGCUGGACAUGCUCGCCGACCAGAGCCAGUUCAUCGACGCGCUCGAAGAGAUCAUGGACCGCGUCGGCGUACGCGGCGCCCCGCCGUCUUACGUGGCCAACAUGCGCCGCCUGAUUGAGCGCAUGCGGAGCCAUUGUACAACCGAACAACAUGUUGACGAAGCAAGCGGCCUGCGUGGCGUCAGGCGCAGCGAGACGCCGCCGCUUCUGCCUCCGGACCAACAACCCCCGCCGCCGGGAAUCAGCGGCAACGCCAGCGUGCCAUUUCUCACUCCCGUCCGGGCGGCGAGCACUAUUCGCGGACGCGGAAGGGGUGGUGGCGGCAGCGGCAGCGGCAGCGGCAGCAGCCAGAUCGGAGGUGGCGGCCGUGGAAGGGGCGGCAAAGGGGGGAGGGGCGCGAAACGAACCGUCUCCCCGAGCAGCCCGCCGCUGGAUGGCCCCGAGAUUGCCGCGAAGAGAGCUCGCGGUUCGUGA